AUUUUCCUAGGCCAUAUAUGUAGAACCUACAGCCAAAAGGCAGCUGUUCCCUCUCUCUUUCUCUAUAAUGAACCACAUAUUCACACCCCUAAACAGUAUUUGGGAUCUCUUUGUAUCUUUCUUUUUUGCACUAUUCAAACAUUCAGCAAAUUCUUGAAAUAUGAGUCAGUGUGUACCAAGUUGGGAUGUUGAUGAUAAUCCUGAUCAUAAUUCAAACGUUGGGCGUCUCAAGAUCAACUUACGUGCAUCUUCCAACUCCAUGUUUCCCAAUGAUGUUCCCAAACUAGAUUACGAAGUGGCGGAAUUAACAUGGAAAAAUGGACAAGUAGCCAUGCAUGGCUUAGGUCCACCGCGCGUGGUAAACAAGGCAACAGCUGCGUUUUCCAAAUACGCCUGGGAUAAGCCACGCGCCGCCGAGACUCUCGAGGCAAUAGUCAACCAAGCCACCUUCCUCCCCUACGGCAAAUCCCAAAUGGAGUUCUACGCCGACGACCUGGUUCCAUGGCUACACAGCCAGACCUCCAACCUUGCCACCGGUUCCGCCAGCGCGUCAGUAACUAUGGCCAUGGACGCGUUGGUGCCAAGCUCCAACACCCAUCUUCAAACGCUGCGGUCAGCUGCUAAUGGCUCCGUGGUUCCGGGUUCCACUCGGGUGGCGUCGUGCAGUGGUGAUCAGUCGGGUUUUAUGGACCAGAGGGUGGCUCGCAGUGGUGCGGCGGCGGCGCAUGAGUGGAGCAGCUGCAAGGACCAGAGUGUAAGUGGUAGUGAGACUUUUGCUGGAAUGGAGAGCGGUCUACAAAUGACAGUUGAAACUUGCGAGAGGGAAUUCGGUGGGAAAGCGUUCACCUCUAUUUCCACAGGGUCGCCGGAAAAUACCACCUCUGGCAAGCGGUCUACAGAGUCCACAUCUCCCGAUGAUAAUGACUCCGUUGGUCACAGUAAACGUCAGAAGGUAAGCAAUAUGGAAGAAAAGAAGAAAGGAAAAGGAAAAGGUAAAUCAUCAGAAAGAAGUAGAGCAGCCGCUAUCCAUAAUCAAUCUGAACGGAGAAGAAGAGACAAGAUUAAUCAGAAAAUGAAGACACUACAAAAACUCGUUCCAAAUGCCAAUAAGACAGACAAAGCCUCGAUGCUUGAAGAAGUGAUUGAAUACCUAAAACAAUUACAAGCUCAAAUCCAUAUGAUGAGUAGAAUCAACAUGUCACCUAUGAUGAUGCCUUUAGCUAUGCAACAACAACAACUUCAAAUGGCUAUGAUGAACCCCAUGGGAAUGGGAAUGGGAAUGGGAAUUGGAAUGGGAAUGGGAAUGGCAAUGCCGGGAGUCAUGGAUUUGAAUAGCAUUGGUGCAAACCGCUCCAGUAUCCCCGGCAUGCCACCUGUCUUCCACCCUUCUUCCUUUAUGCAACCAACAAUGACUUCAUGGGAUAUGCACAACACUGCCGAUCGAGUACCUAAUCAAAAUGAUCCAAUGAAUGCAUUUCUUGCAUGCCAAUCACAGCCAAUGACGAUGGAUGGUUACACUAGAAUGGCAGCUUUGUUUCAACAGAUGCAGAGCCAACCUUGCUAUUCGGGUCCAAAAAAUAAUUGAUAUUAGAGUUUUUUCAUUUUUCAUGAAUAAGUUAUUUAAUUUAGAGAGAAAGUUGAUUAUAUACAAAAUGAGAAACUAUUCAAGUUCACGAAUAAUGUGGAAAAAGGAAUAAUGAUAGACAAUAAGCAUUUGGUUAGUAGAACAUUCCUAGAAGAAAUAGACAUUGUCAAAUGAAUUGCAAUGUAAAAAUAUGUCUUGCAUUUUGUUGGAAAAAAUAAGAAUGGUGAAACACUCGUUGCAUGGCAAA